AUGGAUCGACGAGGUGGAUAUCUCUUCGCUAUCGUCAACCCAUACGACACCCUAGUGGACGUCGGUGUACUGCUGGAACCGGCAGAAACUUCAUCGGCACGCCAAUAUAGUUCCAAAAAGUACUGUUCCAAACUAUCCUUCCGAAUUGGCCUUUCUGUGGCAAAAAAGCCGAAAAUAUUUACUCGGGUGAUUACUCGGUUUAUUCCAUCGGUUCCGGCCAGAACGACAUUUCCCUGCAUUAUUCAUCUCGCCGCGGAUGCGACGUCGCCACGAAGCGAUGGCAUUCAUUCUUGGUGCCCGCGAGUUCGAUGCAAAUCAAACUGGACGCAGAUCGCCUUUGAAGUCACCAAAGACUCAGUUACUCUCUACUUCAAGUGUGUUCGAUUUGCUGAAAGAGAGGUGAGCUUAUGUAGAAACUUUCUGCGAUCAAAGAUAAGCGAUCUGCCUCAGUUGACUAUGGAGGACGCUCACAAGCUCUACAUAGGAAGUGCUGGACCGAUCCUUGGAUCUGGAUUUGAGGUUCACUUUUUCGAAUAG